AGUAAGAGGCGAGUCGAGGAAGGCUGCUGGGAUCUGGGUCUCCUGGGCUCGGCUUGGACCAGGGCGCGGAAAGAGGCAGUGGCCGGCCACCCUGCACCCAUCCCGUCAUUGUCGCCGAGUCUGUUCGGCUGGCCCAGGAAGGAUGGGACUUCUGUGGUGUUUGAUGAGUCUGUGCUUCUUUGGGAUCCUGCAGAGUCAUGCCUCAGAACGCUGUGAUGACUGGGGACUAGAUACCAUGAGACAAAUCCAAGUGUUUGAAGAUGAGCCAGCUCGCAUCAAAUGUCCUCUCUUUGAACACUUCCUGAAGUACAACUACAGCACUGCCCAUUCCUCAGGCCUCACCCUGAUCUGGUACUGGACCAGGCAAGACCGGGACCUGGAAGAGCCCAUUAACUUCCGCCUCCCAGAGAAUCGCAUCAGCAAGGAGAAAGAUGUGCUCUGGUUCCGGCCCACCCUCCUCAACGACACAGGCAAUUACACCUGCAUGUUGAGGAACACAACAUACUGCAGCAAAGUUGCUUUUCCCCUGGAAGUUGUUCAGAAGGACAGCUGCUUCAAUUCUCCCAUGAGGCUCCCCGUGCAUAGACUGUACAUCGAACAUGGCAUUCAUAAGAUCCAGUGUCCAAACGUAGAUGGAUACUUUCCCUCCAGUGUCAAACCAACCGUCACUUGGUAUAAGGGUUGCACUGAAGUAGUGGAUUUUCAUAACGUGUUACCGGAAGGCAUGAACUUGAGCUUUUUCAUCCCAUUGGUUUCAAAUAAUGGGAAUUACACGUGUGUUGUCACGUAUCCUGACAACGGACGCCUCUUUCACCUGACCCGGACUGUGAGUGUAAAGGUGGUAGGCUCGCCAAAAGAUGCAUUACCGCCCCGGAUCUAUUCUCCAAACGACCAUGUUGUGUAUGAGAAAGAACCAGGAGAGGAGCUUCUCAUCCCCUGUAAAGUCUAUUUCAGUUUUAUUAUGGACUCACACAAUGAGGUUUGGUGGACUAUUGAUGGAAAGAAGCCUGAUGAUGUCACUGUUGACAUAACUAUUAAUGAAAGUGUGAGUUAUUCGACAACAGAAGAUGAAACAAGGACUCAGAUUCUGAGCAUCAAGAAAGUCACCCCUGAGGAUCUCAGGCGCAGCUAUGUCUGUCAUGCUCGAAAUACCAAAGGGGAAGCUGAACGAGCAGCCAAGGUGAAGCAGAAAGUCAUACCGCCGAGGUACACAGUGGAACUCGCCUGCGGUUUUGGAGCCACGGUCUUUCUGGUGGUGGUUCUCAUCGUGGUCUACCAUGUUUACUGGCUGGAGAUGGUCCUCUUUUACCGGGCUCAUUUUGGAACAGAUGAAACUAUUCUUGAUGGAAAGGAGUAUGAUAUUUAUGUCUCCUAUGCAAGAAAUGCUGAAGAAGAGGAAUUUGUGUUACUGACGCUCCGUGGAGUUUUGGAGAAUGAAUUUGGAUACAAGCUGUGCAUCUUCGACAGAGACAGCCUGCCUGGGGGAAUUGUCACAGACGAGACCCUGAGCUUCAUUCAGAAAAGCAGACGACUCCUGGUUGUCCUAAGCCCCAACUACGUGCUCCAGGGAACACAAGCCCUUCUGGAGCUCAAGGCUGGCCUAGAAAACAUGGCCUCCCGGGGCAACAUCAGCGUCAUUUUAGUACAGUACAAAGCUGUGAAGGACAUGAAGGUGAAAGAGCUGAAGAGGGCUAAGACGGUGCUCACGGUCAUUAAAUGGAAAGGGGAGAAGUCCAAGUAUCCGCAGGGCAGGUUCUGGAAGCAGCUGCAGGUGGCCAUGCCAGUGAAGAAGAGCCCCAGGUGGUCUAGCAGUGACAAGCAGGGCCUAUCCUACUCAUCCCUGAAAAACGUAUGAAAGGGAAAACGAAGGAGUGAAAAGAACAAAGAGGCUCAUGGAAGGAAGAACCCCCUUCUUCCCUCCUAGGCUGGGGCUUCAUAGACGGGAAAAGAGUCCUGUCAAAGCCCCCUCAUAGGAAAACAUCCUAGGGACUGUACGGCUGGCAGUUCUGCUUCUCAGGCAAUACUAAGGGUUAGAGUAAUGUCCUCAACAGUCCAUCGCCAGUUCUAAAGCCAUUAUGAUCUUUGCAAGGAAGGGUGUGUCUGAUGCACCCUCCAUCUCUGUUCUUCCUGAUUUUUUAAAUCUAUUUUGUAAAAAAAAAAAAAAAAAAAAGAAAAGAAAGAAAAGUUCUCACCUUUACGGAGCUGCCUUGUGCAGUAACUUGAACCUCCCUUUAAAGAUACGUUGCCUGCUGACAGAAGUAUUCCCUGUUUUUCAGUAGGAUUGUCCCUUCAUUUUCUUUUGCCGUCAGUCAUCCAUUAAAUGCAGAAUCAGGGCGGGCUAAAUCUGUCUGAGCUGAGGAUAAUUCACUGCUUUGCUUGUGUGUCAGUCGAAUGCACCACCUCAGCGAGCCUAACGGUCACACAGCAGCCCUUCCUCAUGACUGACUAAGUGGCAUGUUACUUUCCUCCUACUAAACCACAUUUGCCUCAUCUCAGGUAAUGGAUAUCAUAUUUAUAAACUUGAAAAAAGUCAUGGCUUGUGUCUUACUUAACCCGAGUAAUUUCUCAGCUGUCUGUAUAGCGAGGCCUGUGCUCUUCACCCUAUCUCCCUACCCUGUUUUUAUCCAUCAUUCCAUCCGGAUCUCAUAGGUGGCGCCACACUUGGAGCAGUCUGAGAGGAAGCUUUUAAUGGUGCUAAUGGAGAGAAAAAGCCAAAUGCUCUCAGGGCAUUUUUCACGUGGGGAGAGAGCACAGAACAGGACGCUUGCAAUUUGUCUUUUAAACCCAACUGUACUAAUGUGAAGGCCGGAAAAGUGGUUAACCCUCACUCUUUCAUACCUCGUCAUUGUGAAAGAGGAAUUGAGAGGUAGUGAUUUCCCUUUUGGUAUUAGUAUUCUAAAAGAUCAACUCCUUUCAAUAAUUUAUUCUCCAGCACAUGGAGUGCCUUAUUCCAAACGAGUCACCCUGAAAUUCACUGAGAGUGGAAUGAUUUUGUCAGUUUUAAGCAGAAUAUUACUAUUCAUCAGACUUGUAAAAUUGAAAACUAGGUGAAGUGUUACAUUUUGAUUUAGUGAGGCCAAUUUUUACAUCAUGUCUAACGUGUGUGUAUAUAUGUGUGUGUGUAUAUACACAUAGAUGAAGUUAGUUCACAUGAAUUUCAUGUGUCUAUGUAUAUAGAAGUACCCAAAAAUUACAUGUAUGUGUGUAUAUCCAUCUGCCUAUAUAUUAUGUGUAAUUAUUUUGGGCUAUACAUAAUCACACACAUACAUCUUUAAACAGCCAUUGGUACAAUAUUAAAAGCCAGUAGAACUAUUGUUUCAUUUCAGAAUUAUGUUUAUAGCGUAAUGGUUUUGCAUUGCUGUUAUCAUUACUGUUUUCAUUACUGUUCUGUUUGUGAAACCCUGGCUCUCUGUGUGUAGUUUUCGAAGUUCUUGCCUUCCCUAUAUUAGCAUGAACAACUUACUCUUCCUACAGUUGAUUCAGGUUGCAGGGGAAAACUCCUGUCUGUGGACCUCCCAUUGUCACUUCUCGACAGCAGACAGUCAUCUGAGUUUGGUUCAUUUUCCAUUUUAUUCCCUGCAGACACGCUUAGAAUCUAAGUUAUAUUCAUCUCAGUGCUCAGCUAUGUAGACUGUUGAGUGAUGAAGUAAAACAGAUAAUAGCUAUAAAUAAGUCUGAGUGUCCUAUGAAAGAUAACUCGUAAUUUAAGGAAGGCUUUAUCCAAGUUAUGUUGAUAAUGUUAAUAAGCAAUUUUAAAAUUAUCUCUUACUAUUCAGUAUUCAUCAGUACUGAAGUCCAUAGUAAAUCAUUGCUCUGUGUUAGAAUUAUUGAUUAUUUUAAAUUGAGAAUUCCCUUCUGAAUCCUUGACUUAAAACUAUGAUAUAUAGUCAUUCUUGCAUCUAACUUUUUAGAAGUGCUAAUGCUUUUUCUUAUUUCAAAUAAUUACCAUUUCCACUCACACCCUUUAAUCACAGUACCAGAUGAAAGCUGGUUCCACACAAGCUUUGAUUGUUCUCUAUGGCAUGGGCUAUAGGAAUGGAAGGGCCAAGCUUCUCACCACAGGCCAUUCUCUCUGUACUGUGUGGUUUCUGCACUGUUGGAUUCUGUAUUUAAAAUAUAUCUUGUCUCCUAUGGAAAAAAAAUCCUCCCAUGGUUUUAAAUUUACAAUGAAAGGAACUCUGUGCCCAGGUUAACAAAGAACCAUGUUAUGCAGAGUGUCUUCUUAUACAGCCACAUGUGACUUAUUUAAAUCUCUUUUGUACUUUAGAUGAGUCCCUGUGAUUCUAAUAAAAAAAAAAAGUACUGUCUCCUAUGGGGAAACAAAAACAUCACUUCAUGUGUUAAUUACUCAUUUGUUUCCAUAGGUAUUAGUACUUUAAAACCAUGUUUUUAAUUUUAUUCAUAAACAUUUGUAUUUUCCAUUUUCAUUUGAUUUGUAUAUUUACAUAUUUUUUACAAUAAACCAUUUAUUUUCACCUUUGAAUUUUA